CGGAGCGGGGCUGAGCCGGGCCGAGCCGAGCCGAGCCGGGGCAGGAUGGCGGCGGCGGCGGAGAAGGAGGCGACCCAGCAGAGCACCCUGGGCGCCUACUCGCCCGUGGACUACAUGAGCAUCACCAGCUUCCCCCGCCUGCCCGAGGAGGAGCCGGCCGGCGCGGCGGCCGAGGGCUGCCUGCGCUCCAGGAAGGAGGAGGACGCGUUCCUGGCCGAGCAGGACACGGAUCCAGAUUCUUUCCUGAAAUCAGCUCGUCUCCAGCGCCUGCCGUCAUCUUCAUCGGAGAUGGGCAGUCAGGAUGUCUCACCGCUGCGGGAGACCAGCAAAGACCCAUUCUCUGCAGACUGCAGCUGCCGCCAGGAUGGGCUGACUGUGAUCAUCACAGCCUGCUUAACCUUUGCGAUGGGAGUCACGGUGGCCCUGAUCAUGCAGAUCUACUUUGGGGACCCACAGAUAUUCCACCAGGGUGCCGUGGUCACCGACGCUGCCCGCUGCACGGCGCUGGGCAUCGAGGUGCUCAACAAGCAGGGAUCCUCCGUGGACGCAGCCAUCGCCGCAGCUCUGUGCGCAGGAAUAAUCAACCCCCACACAUCCGGAAUUGGCGGCGGGGGAGUGAUGCUGGUCCACGACAUCCGGAAGAACGAGAGUCAGGUGAUUGACUUCCGAGAGACAGCCCCCUUUGGGAUCCAGGAGGAAGGCCUUCAGAAGGCCUGGGAGCUGAAGCCGGGUCUCCUGGUGGGGGUGCCAGGCAUGAUACAAGGGAUGCACAAGGCACAUCAGUUACAUGGCAGACUCCCAUGGUCAGAACUGUUGGGCCUUGCUGCAAACAUUGCUCAGGAUGGAUUCAAUGUCACGCAUGACUUGGCCAGAGCUAUCACUGAACUGAAGGAGCUGAACUACUCUGACAAAUUCAGAGAGACUUUCCUUCCAGACGGCCAGCCUUUGUUGCCUGGAAUGUUUGUGAGGCGACUUGAUCUAGCCACCAUUUUGGAUCUGGUUGGCUCAGAAGGGGUCUCGGCCUUCUAUGGUGGAAACCUGACCCAGGAGAUCAUUUCUGAGGUCCAUAACUAUGGAGGAGUUCUGUUAGAAGAAGACUUCAAUAACUACAACGCCCUAAUGGAGAAUCCAGUCCACACGGUGUAUCAAGGUCACCUUGUUUUCAGCCCUCCACCUCCACAUGCGGGUCCUGCAUUGAUCACAGCUCUAAAUAUACUGGAGGGCUUUAAUAUCACAAGCCAGGUAACCAGGGAAAAUACCCUCCAUUGGAUAGCAGAGACAUUAAAAAUAGCACUGGACCUAGCUAACAGCUUGGGAGACCCAGUCUGGAGCUCCAUCUACCAUAGUGUAGAAGACAUGGUCAGUAAAUCAAAGGCAGGUUUCCUGCGUCAGCUGAUUAAUGACUCCCAGUCCUUCCCUUCUGGUAUCAAUAUUCCACACUUCCCCAUGGAGAGUGGCCCCCCUGCUAGCCAGGUCCUUGUUAUGGGACCCGAUGACUACAUUGUUGCAGUUGUAAGUUCCCUCAACCGUCCAUUUGGAAGUGGAAUAAUAACACCCUCUGGAAUCCUUCUAAACAGUCAGAUGUUGGACUUUUCCUGGCUGAAUAGUACAUUGAACUAUUCCUCUUCUGGCCUGAGGAAUCUCAUUCAGCCUGGAAAAAGACCCCUAUCCUUUUUACUGCCCACUAUUGUUCGACCAUCAGAAGGGAUGUGUGGGACUUAUCUUUGUCUGGGAGCUAACAAUGGCGACAAAGCCUUGAGCAGCAUUACACAGGUUUUAGUAAAUGUUUUAACACUUAAGAACCUGAGUGAGAGUCUGUCACUGGGUCGGCUGCACCCACAGCUUCAAUCCAACAUCCUGCAAGUUGACAGUGAAUUUCCCGAAGAAGAUAUUAAAUUCCUUGAAGCCAGGGGUCAUCAAGUAGAUAAAGUCGAUGUGCUUUCCCUGGUUCAUGGAGCCAGGAGAACCAACAACUUCAUCAUUGGUGUGAAAGACCCAAGAAGCAUGGAUGCUGCAGGAGCAACAAUAUUAUAGCAACCUCCAUUUGGCGCGUUCGUUGGAUAAAGCUUUAAACAACAACAACAAAAAUUAUGUGCAUGUUCUGAAAUGGCCCAGGGAGGAACGAGCAGUGUUUGCUGUGGGUUUCUGCAUUGUUGAAUAGACCUUCUGCAUUCCCCACCUCAAACAAUGCAACAGUGGCUUGGAAAGCCACAACACAGCCCUUUGAUUUUGUAAAAAAAUAAUUUGAGUUGUAAUAAUCUCAGUUGUUAUUAAAGGAAUGCAGGGAAUACACUUGUACUUUGACAGUGCCCCAUUAGUGAUUUCAGUCAUUUCAAAUGCCAACCUUAAACAUUUUAAUUUAACCAGCAGAAACAUUAACAAAGAAGAUGACAAAGAGAACAACAUAUUUUGUGCCAAACAGACAAUUAAUGCUGUUGCUAUAAUUUUCAACUCCCUCCUUUCCCUGGCUUGACACCCUUGUCUCAUAUAAAUCAAUAUAUAAUACAGAUUGAUGUACUGGCUCUAGGCAGUCAUACCUGGAACUUCAGGGAUUUCUUUAAUAGUCCCUUUGGGUCAGCUGAUUUUUACUAGCAUGGAUAUUCCUAUAUCAGUUCCCAUUCAUGCAUCACUACACAUCUUUGGUACCCUUAUGUCUCCUUCACCCUCAAUGUUUUGAAUUAAUUUACUGCAUAGACUCACUGGGGAUCUGGACUUGGAGUCAGACUACUUCUACACUGGCAAAAAUGGCACCCGGAAUUUACCACUGGUGCCCCCAAAAGAGGCCCACUGGGGGUGGCCACAGUGCAAGUUGUAAUGUAGAAAAAGUUCAUGUAGAGUCGGGGCUUUUUUAACACUGUCUCAGCUAACCCUGCUCUGAAAAGGUGAGUCCCUUGCUUGAUUGAGCACCAAAUUCAUGCCAACACUUCAAACCAGUGCUUAGAUACUGUUGUUGUGGGUAUGUUAGAAAACGUAAGUUAUAGAGAUAAGACAGGAAACAAAGCAAAAGCUACUUAUGUAAUUUUUUUUUUUUUAGAGUCCCCAACUCCAAGACAGGCUGAACGAAGAAUUCAGCAUUUGACUUGUUAAUAAAAAUGAGGAAAUAAAAAGCGUGAUCAUGAUCAUUGCACAAAUUGAUUCUGAUCACCUUUUGAGCACCUCCUUUUCUUUCCACCAAUCAGUUAUAGACAGUCACCCAGCACUUCAAGAUUUUUUAAAAUUAUUUUUGUUAUUGUUUUCACAGCCUAUCGUGUACUGGUUUCCUUCAUGAUGUUAAUAUAUCUAUGGCCACUGUACAUAUUAUAUAUGUAUGUCUGCUUAUGGUUGUCUUGGUAUUUUAUAUGAUGCUUUUAUGAAAAGGAUUCCAGAUCUUCUCACCCCGGAGAGACCAAUGAGCUGGAAUCUUGUGAAUACUGUUUUAUUCAUAUUAUAUUAGGGGUGGCCACACUGGCUUGCGAGCCACAUGCGGCUCUUUGACUGUUAUAGUGCGGCUUGAGGAGCCCUCGCCCAUUCUCCACCUACCAGACUGGAGGAGGGGAGCUUGGGACCUCUGCCUUGCAGCGGGGUGGUGGGGUAGGGAUUUCUGCCCAGUGGGGAAGGGGCUUCAGCCCUGCAGAGCACACCUGCCAGGGCUCGGGGAUUCAGCAGGAGCAGGGCUGAAGCCCUGAGCCCUGUCAGGCGCCUCUCGCGAGGAUGAAACCCUGGGCCCUGGCAGGCGCACCCCGGCUCUCAAACUUCUGAAGAUUGUCGUAUGUGGCUCAGAGGAUCAGUAAGUUUGGCCAUCCCUGUAUUAUACCUUUUUAUGGCUCAAAUGCGGUUUAAUGGCAGGAGUAUGCAGUAUCUUCUUAAGGGGAACAAUGAACUAACAGAUUAUCAAACUAAUAAUUCUUUGCACUUAUGUAGUUUCUGUUAACCGAGUAUCUCAAAAUUUUACAAACAUUAACUAAUAAAGUCACACAACACCCUGUUGAGGUAGGAAAGACAUACCAGAGAGAUCCCUUUCAUGCACUACUGAAAUGCAGAUACCUCUAAGGUCGAACAAGGUGGCUAUUAAGCAGACAUGAAUAAACAAAAAUAUUUUCCAUCACAAAUCAUAGAAUCGUAGGGUUAGAAGGGAUUGCAAGGGUCAUCUAGUCUAACCCCCUUAUCUAUCUAAUUCCCAUGAUUCAGUGUGGGUCAGCCAUCAGCCAAGUAGUACUGCAGGAGAAAGGAGAGGUGCUGUAGUGAAAGCAGCAUGCCUCAUUCAUAACACUAUGCAUGGUUUGGAGCAGACUUUGUAAGGCUUACUAGGGAAGGGAGGGAGACAUUUUUGUGCAUUGAUCCUCAUGGGCUGAAAUCUGGGAUUUUUCUAGGACAGUGACAGCAAUGAUCUAUCCCCCAUAUAUGGAGGUUUACUGAACAUGAUUGUAAAACAAGUGUUCCAGGAAUUGUUAUUUAUAGUGCUCCAAAAGAGUGCAUAUUACUUAACAGCUCAGUUGGAAAGGUAAAAGUCCUAUUUGCCAAUUGAAUUCUUCUUUUCACCAGUAUAGUUCUGACGCUGAGCCCUAAGGGUCCAUUUACAAGUAAAGACUUUGGUUCUGAUCCAACAGAGCACUUAAUUAUCCCAGUAUGGAAUUUCAGUAGGAUUAUUCAAAUGCAGUAAAGUUAAAGCAUUUUCAUAUAGGUUCAGAGCCUAUACUGCAAAGGUGAGAAAGUGAAAAGAAACAGGGACAUGGUAUUAUACCCAAAGGCCAAAUCUAACAGAAACAAAGGUCUUAUGAAUAGUUUCCUAUUGACUCUGGUUAAAAAGUGGUGUCAGUAUAGCAUAUAUUUGACAAAGAGUCACUUGUUAUUGAAGGUUGAUCAGAAAAUUUCUACUAGGAUCAGCAUCUCUAAUCUUGGUAGUCAAUCUAGUAUGGCAAGAUCCACUGAAUUUCAUUUUAGUUAAUUUCAUUUUAAUUAAUUGUACUAGAAAAUGCGUAGUAUUUCCUCAUGUAGAAAUGAGACAAACAUUGUGAAAUUAAAGGGCCAUAUUCUAACCUUAGAGACAAAUUCUGCUUUUAGGAACAUGUAUGUUAAUAUGCAGUAAUUCCAUUGACUUCAGUGGAGUUACUCUCAAUUUGCUACAACAUGAAAGCAGAAUUUGACCUGUUGUCUUUAUGCAGAAUUCGGCCUUGAUAUCACUGGGAGCUCUCUGCACAGAACAAUAGUAAGACAUGGCCCGAAGUGUUAUGAAGACAAUUGACAUUACAUUUUGGUAAAAAAAUGCCUUUACCAUUUGUAUCAUGAUUUUGGAAGUGACCGAAAAAGCAAUGAGGGUCAGACUCUUUACCACCUCUUUACAAUGUUGUAAAAUCAGAGUAAUACUCUAAUGUACAUCAGGAAUAACUGAGAUCGUGGGCCGUGAGCGUGGAGUCAAUUAAUUAAUGAUUUCCCACAGAAGCUGAAUGCAGUUAAUGAAUGCAGCUUCAGAGCAACAUUUCAGUGGUUUUAAAUACAGUAGUGCAUUUGCACUCCCAAUUGUGUCAAACACAGACUGCUAUGUAUAAAGCUCUAAAGGUAAGGAUAUAUACAAUGGGUAAGAAUGACAUUAAGCAACUUGUGUAUGUGUAACAAUUAUUUUGUUUUACCCUACAUUCCCUCUUCUGUUCUGGAGAAUCUGUUCUCCUAGUACAGCCAGUGCUUAAUUUGUAAUGAAAGAGGUGCUGGGGCUCAGGUAAAUUUUUUUACAUUCAUAACAGGUUCAGCAAGCCCAGAGGUGCUGGGACUAUGAACUGCCAAGUCUAGAGAUGCCAGGGCUCAGCUCAGGCACAGCUUAAGCACUGAGUACAGCCAUUUGUCCAUCACUGACAAUUUUAAAAUCAAGAUUGCAUGUUUUUCUAAAGGAACUGCUCUAUGAAUUAUUUUGGGGAAGUUCUCUGGCCUGUGUUACACAGGAGGUCAAACUAGAUUAUCACAAUGGUCCCUUCUGGCCUUGGAAUCUAUGCCUCUGAAUUUUGCCUUCCUCAUUCCGCCACUAAAGUCUGCAAACAGUGAAUGGGUCUAAUUCUGAUUUCGCAUCUGUGUAAAUUGGGAGCAACUUCACUGAAAUCAGUGGAGUUUAUGUUGAAGUAAAAUGGUGUAAGGGAAGUCAGAGCACUGUCAAUCUGUUUUUAAAACAGCUAAUAACUUUCUUAGUGUGCUCUUGGUUCCUUGACUAAGACUGGAAAAUUAUGAAGCACUUUUCCUGUAUUAAGUGGCACAGCCUUUAGCUAUCAGAUUUGCAGUGCGGAUUCUCUCUGAACUGCCGAUGGUUUUCUCUAGAACAGUUCUGCUCAAAAGGUUGUAGACUCCAAGGCCUACCCCAAAAACUGAAGAAGGAUUUUGGGCCCGAUUUUCCCCUCACUUACAUCAGUUUCACACCAGUGCAACUCCAGGGACUUCAGUAGAGUUACUCUGGAUUUACAUUAUUUGGAGGGAAAGACGAAUCAGGCCUCUUAAGCAUAACCAGAUAAAACUCAUAACCUUUUCAUAGAAGACAAGAUAAUAGCACAAAUCAGCAAUAAGAAGGUUGGUUUUUUUACCUAUUAAAAAUCUGACUUAGUGGGAAGUGCUGUUAUAGUGAUGAAUGUUUACUUUGCAAUGGUUUUGAGAAAGUUCUAUACAGCAGCAAAGGGCUUCUCGUUACAGGCCAGAAAAAAGAGCACAUUGGGAGGGCCAGGGCAGCUUUCAGAAGGAGUAACAGAUUGUAAUGAGCCUUAAAAAAAAAAAUCUGUGUAUAGAGCAGAUGAGGAGGUUCAAUGGUGGCACCUCCAAUAUGAGGCUAUCUGCCAACAAAGAGCCCUCCAGUGUUCAGCCCUUGUGCAGAAGGGAAUGAUUUCAACAAGGAUACUUAGGAGGGAGAGGAGUACUUGUGGCACCUUAGAGACUAACAAAUUUAUUUGAGCAUCAACAGCAGUAGCUUCUUGCAGGCUGAAGCCCUUCAAGAUAAUGAGGAAGUUCAUCCAACUGAGGAUAGUCCCUCAGCUUUGUGCAGAUCUUCCGCAAGAGGGGUCUCAGAUCACCAGCUGCAAGAACACUUCACGGAGCUGGUCCUUCUAGUAUAGCUAAUCAAUACUGUGCCCAUCACUUCGAUAGCUACAUGCUCAACUUCCUUUUUCCUACCUAGACAGAAGUAUGUGCAGGUUGGUAAGAAAGCAAUUAAAAUCUCAUCAAAACAUAUCUGCCUCCCACUCCCUCUCCACACAUUUGUCCAAGAGACCACAUAUAGAUUCUAGACUAGGAAUCACUUUUUGCAGUUCCACUGGGGGCAUGGAGAGAUUAAGUUCUUAGAACAAAAUUGUAACAUAGUAUUUCAUUUUGGAAAAUCCAUAAAUGGUCAUGAAUACAAGUGUAACGAUGCCACAUUUACUGUACAGGAUCUUUUUUUUUUUUUUUAAAUACUGACCUAUGAAAAUGCAUUGUAAUCAUAGCUGUGACUUUGAUUGUAUUGAAAUCACAUGUAUCUGUGUAUUUUUUCACAUACAAUGAAAAAAGGCUGAAAUAAAUGCAGUUUUCUUUUUGUAUUAUGCA